AUAGUGAUGGCUUACUGGUUCAUCUGCAGGGGCCUGAGUUCUGUCUUGUGGCUGCUGCUUUUUGUGUUGUGGCAACUCCAGCCGGCAGGGGCGGAAGAUGACUCGACGCUACACACAUCUCAGGGCCACACCAGGCUCACCUACCAUGACACCAAGGCAGUUACCAGCAACAGCGACCAUGCUACCGCUCACACCCACCACACGCAAGCAGUUACCGGCAACAGAAACCAUAUUACCGCAAGCUUCAGCUAUGAUGCCAACUUCGCAGUAAUCGACAACAGAGAUCACACUAUCCCUGACAACCAGCAUGAAGUCAGCCAAGCAGUUGUUAGCCAAGGCGGACAUACCGCCUCUACUUUUAAUGAAUCUCUCUCAGAAAUAUUCACCAAAAAUCCAUCUUCCAACAUGAAUCAUGUUGAUGACAAUAUGGUCUUGUGCGACCAUCCUCCCACUGUGUUCUCACCGUCGUUCCAUGGCCACUCAGAUGCUGAAUGUGAAGGCAAAUAUGUUAUCCCAUUUAAUACAACUCUGUAUUUAUGUAAUUAUAUCUACUCCGUGAUAUAUGGUGGUGAAGCAGAUUAUGUCGAAUACACAAUUGAUAUAGAAAAUCAAACUAUUUGUCCACUGGCAUCAGUUCUGCAAUAUGAUUAUUGGGUAAUAGUUAUGGACAAUUUUAUGAUUGGAAAGACAGAAUGUGUUCGUCAAAUUUGCUAUGGAAUUUAUACAUUCUUUGAUGAUGAAAUUGCCGGGCUUGGUUUCCGCGUAACUAAUUUUCUUGAACUGAUAAAUGGCACUACAUGCAUCGAUGAAAACAACCGCUUACUGUUUUUCGAGAACGAAACAUCAUACAUCACGCAAAACGUGCACUGGCCUUGCUGCUAUCCUAUUUACACUGUGGGAUGGUUUGGUAACCCAGAAGAGCACGGGUUGAACAGAGCAUGGAGUUAUCUACCGCUGUCGUGUCAGGUAGGAGAGGUGGUGUUGAUGGUGAUGGUGGUGUGCGUGGCGGUGAUGGUGGAAGGAACCCUGAGGUUUUGGGUGUGA